GGGGCAGCCCUGGGGCUGUCAUAGAGGCCGCUGGGUUCGUCUUCUUUGGCAAACGGCGAGAACGCGAAAACGAUCCAUGGAAACACUCAUAACAAGUCAGUGGCUUGUGCCUGUCAGGGCUCUCCUGGAGAGCCUCCAGGGGCCCUCUUGGGCAGCAUCGGGGAGCGAUCCCGGCGGGCGCCCUCCCAACCAGUCCGUCGGCAUCUCGGAGCAGGACCUCAAGAUGAUCCGGAAGGACAUGGACAGGGCCAAGCAGCGGGUGGAGGAGCUCGAGGUGCAGAGUGACGCCUCGAAGGGCAGGAUCUCCGCGCUGGAGUCCGAGCGGCAGGACGCCGAGGCCAGGGCGGAGCGCUUCCGCGAGGACGCGGAGGCGAACUUGGCUCGGGCCGAUCGGGCCGAGAAGGAGCUGGAGGCCGCGCGAGAGCGCCUGAAGGAGCUGGAGGCCAAGAUCGGCCCCCUCGAGGCGCGGGCCGAGGGCCUCUCCAGCCUGCUGACCGGCAUCGGCCGCAGCGUCGGGGCGGCGCUGAAGGACAGCGAAGUGGCGGACGGGGACCUGUCUCUGUUCGACACGGCGCUCGCAGACAAGGCGAACCUCGAGGCCAAAACGUAUGAGCUCGAGCAGAUGGUGGACGAGUCGCAGGUGGUGAUUGGCGAUAUGUCGCAAAAGCUGACUUCUGCCGAGAAACAGGCGCAGCUCCUCGAGAAGGCCCAGACCCGCGCCAACAAGCUGUCGCAGGGGCUUCGGAAGAUCAUGGAGAAGUCGGGCGCGAACACCCGUGGCGGGUUCCUGGGCGCUCUCUUCGGCAGAAGCGAGGAUGAGAUGAUCCAGGACACUUUGGAUCAAAUCGACGACAUGAAGGGCAGGAAGCCAUGAGCGCCUGGUCCAAUAUGGUACCUUUCGGGCCAUUCCUUUUCACAACUCCAACACCCUCACCUCCAACAUCUGGCAUUGUUAUGA